ACUUCACCUGUCGCCCACAGAACCGCAGAGCAGAUGUGAUCGUCUUUGACAUUAGUGUCACUAACGCAGAUAUAUAGCUCAGAACCAGCUCGCUUACUAUAGUUUUAACUUUGGUGACAUCGGCGAGAAAACACGCGCGGGCAUGGAUCUGAGACCGGAGCUCCCCACAGUCUCCUCCGCCUCCCACGUGCACCCGGGAGCGGCUGCGGCCGCGGCCGCCGCCUCCAUCCCGGUGUCCAUGGCCAGCAGCCUGCUGCGCGGCCCUCCGCUGCUCCUGCGCGCCGCGGACAAGUACCCGCGCACCCCGAAGUGCGCCCGCUGCAGGAACCACGGCGUCGUGUCCGCGCUGAAGGGCCACAAGCGCUACUGCCGCUGGAAGGACUGCAUGUGCGCCAAGUGCACCCUGAUCGCCGAGAGGCAGCGGGUGAUGGCGGCGCAGGUGGCGCUGCGGCGGCAGCAGGCGCAGGAGGAGAACGAGGCCCGGGAGCUGCAGCUGCUCUACGGCACGGCGGAGGGACUCGCCCUGGCCGCCGCCAACGGCAUCAUCCCCCCGCGGUCCAACUACGAGGUGUUCGGCUCCGUCAGCAGCGAGAGCAACUCAGAUUCCAGUAUCCAGAAGUACGAGCUGUUCACAAAGAGCCAUCACUCCGGGUCCGCCACCCCGCAGCAGUCUGCGGGGAAACCGGCGUCCGCCGAGAGCGACUCGGCCCCGGGCAUCGCGUCCCCGGACGGCCGGCACGGAGGCUCCGGCUCCGAGAACGGAGACAGCGAGUCCUUCCUCGGCUCGCCGGUGUCCAAGCCGCUGAAAGACGGGGAGGAGACUCCUGGGUCCGUCAGCUCCCUGGGCUCCGAUUCCGGCUCCGAGACCGACAAGGACGAGCAGGAGGCCUCCCCUUCCUCCGCGGCCUCCCGCCACAUGAACGCCAUCGACAUCCUGACGCGGGUGUUCCCCAGCCACAAGCGCAGCGUCCUGGAGCUCGUGCUGCAGGGCUGCGGCAAAGACGUGGUGCAGGCCAUCGAGCAGAUCCUCAACAACAGCGACGCCCCGGGGCCCAACAGGGCCGGGUCGGAGGAGACGUGGACGGCGGAGAGGAUGCUCCAAAGCGCGCAGCAGCCGCCGCCGCCGCCGUCCUCCACGUCCACGGCCACUCCGACGAGGCCCAUGUUGCCGGGAGCCAUGACGCUGAGCAACCGCUCCGCGUUUUCUCCUCUGCAGCCGAACGCCCCGCACUUCGGCGCCGACCCCGGCACCUACCCGCUGGGCACCCACCUGGGACUGAACCCGCUGCGGCUGGCCUACUCCGCGCACAGCCGGGGACUGGCGUUCAUGACGCCCUACUCCACCACCGGGCUGAUGCCCACCCUGGGCUUCAGGCCCCCGAUGGACUACGCCUUUAGCGACCUGAUACGGGACCGGACGAUGUUACACAAAGAGCAAGGCUACGUCAGCGGCCUGUACGGGCCGCUGGUCAACAACACGCCGGACAAGCAGUGAGGCGGGCGGACUGAGCGCAGAGACACGAUCCGAUGUAUUUGUAGCCACAAGUGUUGAAUGUUAUGGCGAAAAUCUUGUGAUGUGUUUCGGCUACAGGCGGAACUGUAACUGUACAUGAUAGGAUCGUCUGACCUGUAGUCUGACGGUCUGAUAGGAGGGGGAACCUAUAUUCACUCGUGUAAUUUUGGAAAAUAAUUUUAUAUAUGUUAGACUUCAAAAGUUUGGAUGUCAUUCCCCAUUUAUAAGCCUGAUCUACUAAAAUAACGUGAAACUGAAAAUAUAUUUAUCGAUCCCAAAAUAAAUCAUCAGCUGGGAAAGUGUGACGUAAACCCAGCUGCACAGAAGGCUAAAAUAUACAUGCUUUCAUAACUGAUUUAUAUGUCAGUUAAAAUAAACGAAUACACGAUUUAGAGAUGCGUUAUUAUUAUUAUUAUUAUUAUUAUUAUUAUUAUUAUUAUUAUUAUUAUAUAGACUUUUUUAAAUAAGCUGAUUGAUGAAACUGAAGUUGAAAUAUAAUUUUCAAAAUCAAAUGAAAAUCUAAACACAAUCUCUGACACGCAUCGAAUAAUAACUGGGGCAAAAUUAAAUUAUUAAAACAUGUAGUUUACGGAUGUUAACCCUAUAUCUCCUGUUAAAGUUGAACUAAUGUUUUGUAAAUGCCAUACCCCUGUUUUCCUGAUGUAUUAUUUCACUUAUCUCACCAUUUUUUUCUAGUUCGUUUCCAACUGCCUGUAUUAUAUAUAUUGCAUUUGGUAAAAUGAAAUGCUCUGCUAUAUAUUUGACUUUUCAUUUAUCUUGUUAGUCAGCUCAAAUAUUUUGUGACAACGUGCUGGAUCAAGUCCGUUCCUCUUCAGAUGUUACAAGCUGUGCUGUCACAUUGUAUGAAUAUG